CAUCCGGAUCGGCGCCGGCAUCGGGAUCGGGCCCGCGGCACCGCUCGGCGCUCCUGCCUCCCGCCAAGCUGCUGGGCCUCCUUUGCCAUUGAGAACUGGGUCAUGGAGUAGCAACACACACAGGAACUCAUUCCAGGAAAGCAUUCUUUAAAGGUCUGGAUCGAACAGGAAUGGAGUGCAGCUGAGGAAGAGCUGAGGGCUCUUGCAUUCUGUUGUGGCUGAAAUUUUGAUUCUUUUUCGCUACAAGAAGUUCAGAUAUCGGGAGGAAGGAAGUCCAUGUGUUAUUUCUGUAUGGCCUCACAAGUUUUGGUCUGUCCACCACACAUUUAUCAAACUCAGACAAGUGCCUUUUGUAGUGUGAAGAAACUGAAAGUUGAGCCAAGUAGUUGUGUGUACCAUGAGAGAACUUAUCCACGGACUUACCUAAACGGACGGAACCUUGGAGUUGCCCACCCUGCUCACGUGGCUGGCUCUUCCUUUCACCUGAAGGGCUCUGCUGGCAGACCUCGUGGACACAGCAUUUUGGUGGCAGCGAGUGCCAUUGCAUUGGACCCAUUGUGCACUGCUGGGGUCACAGCAGCGCCGGCGCCGCAGCAACCUCUGGCGGUGGCACCGCAGGGCGAGAGGCCAGGCGGCAGUCUAACCUCGCUGGAGAGCUACCAGCGAUGCGGGCUGAAGAGAAAAAGUGAGGAGCUCGACAACCGAGGUAGCGCCAUGCAGAUUGUGGACGAGCUGUCAAUAAUGCCAGCGAUGUUGCAGGCGGGCGUUGGGAACCCGGUUGCUGUGGUGACCACUGCCUCGAAGCAAAACAGUGCAAGUGGCGACGGCGAUUACCAUCUGGUGCAGCACGAAGUGCUGUGCUCGAUGAAAAAUACCUAUGAGGUCCUCGACUUCCUGGGACGUGGGACCUUUGGCCAGGUGGUGAAAUGUUGGAAGAGGGGUACGAACGAGAUUGUCGCGAUAAAAAUCUUAAAAAACCACCCCUCGUAUGCACGGCAGGGGCAAAUCGAAGUCGGCAUCUUGGCACAGUUGAGCAACGAAAACGCGGAUGAGUUUAACUUUGUGCGUGCCUAUGAGUGCUUUCAGCACCGAAAUCAUACGUGUUUGGUAUUUGAGAUGUUGGAGCAGAAUUUAUAUGACUUUCUAAAGCAGAACAAGUUUAGUCCCUUGCCCCUAAAAGUGAUCAGGCCAAUCUUGCAGCAAGUGGCCACUGCACUGAAUAAACUAAAGAGCCUUGGUUUAAUCCACGCAGACCUCAAACCAGAGAAUAUCAUGCUGGUCGAUCCCAUUCGGCAGCCUUACAGGGUGAAAGUGAUCGACUUUGGGUCAGCCAGCCAUGUGUCCAAAGCCGUAUGUUCGACGUAUUUGCAGUCAAGGUAUUACAGAGCGCCAGAGAUUAUUUUGGGUUUGCCAUUUUGUGAAGCCAUAGACAUGUGGUCACUGGGGUGUGUGAUUGCUGAGCUAUUUCUUGGAUGGCCUUUGUACCCAGGAGCACUGGAAUAUGACCAGAUACGUUAUAUUUCACAAACACAAGGAUUACCAGGAGAUCAUUUAUUAAAUGUUGGGACAAAAACAACACGGUUCUUCUCCAGAGAGACCGACACAACAUAUUCAGGGUGGAAAAUGAAGACUCCAGAAGAGCAUGAGGCAGAAACAGGGAUGAAAUCGAAGGAAGCCAGAAAGUAUAUCUUUGGUUGUUUGGAUGAUAUAGCGCAUGUGAACGUGGUGAUGGAUUUGGAGGGAAGUGACCUACAGGCGGAGAAGGCAGACCGCAUGGAGUUUGUCAGUCUGUUGAAGAAGAUGUUGCUGAUUGAUGCUGAGAAGAGGAUCACUCCAGUGGAGGCGAUGAGCCACCCCUUUGUAGCCAUGCAGCACCUGCUGGACUUUCCACACAGCAACCACGUCAAGUCCUGUUUCCACAUCAUGGACGUCUGCAGGUGGAGGCCGAACUUGUACGACGUGAUAAACCGCAAUAAGAUGCCAUUUAUGAGACCAGUUGCCUCGAACAAUGCCGCAAACCUGACUGUGGCUUUUAAUAAAAUGGGCUCAGUCCACAGCCAGCAUUUGCCACCAAGUGGAGCUUCCCUGAUGCACCACGGGGUACCAAUGCAGCCGGGAGCCGCUCAGUUUGGGUGCAAUGAAUCUUUCCAGCAGACCCUCAUCCUGUGCCCACCCACACUUCAAGCAGGCAUCCCAACUAAUCCAGGUAAACGCACAGGAUUUUCUGUUCGAAUGGACAAUGCAGUGCCUCUCGUGACACAGGCUCCAACCAUGCAGCCGCUUCAACUGCGGCCUGGAGUAUUGGCGCAGGCCUGGUCCAGCCGAAGCCAGCAGAUACUGGUCCCCACCUGGCACCAAGUCACAGCGAUGGCCCCCUCCACCACAUCGCUACAAUCUGACUCUGUGGCUGGUCCACAGAGGCUGGGCGACUGGGGGAAGGUACGUGCCCCAGGCAGCCGUUACAGUUCCACGUUGCCGCAACAUCUCUUAACCAAUCAAAUGGCACUGUCGGGCACGCAGCCCAUCAAUGUGGGAAUCGCUCAGGUGGUCUGGACCCACCCUUGUGCUGUCAACAAGAAGAGGAACAGGCACUGUCAAAAGAGGAGCAAUACAUCAUCACAGAGCAGCCUGCAGGACAUGACACCGGUCUCCCCAAAGACCACCAACAGCCCGAAGACUGGCAGUACAGGGGGCUGCCCAGUGGCACAGGACAAUCAGAACGGCAAGGGUGACAGGGGCUACUGCUGCCCGGACACAGCCGGCCAGGAUCUGGACGGCAACCUGAUCGGCAACCAGCAACGCCAGACCAUCAUCAUCGCUGACUCGCCGAGCCCCGCCGUUAGCGUCAUCACCAUCAGCAGCGACACAGACGAUGAGGAGGCUUCCCAGAGCCACUCACCAGGAGAUUGUAAAGGCAGCCCGGACUGCGAAGCUUGCCAGAGCACGCUGAACAUCGACCGCGUGUGUUCGUUAAGUAGCCCCGACAGCACCCUGAGCACCAGCUCAUCCAAUUCUGCGCAUUCCAGCCCGUCUCCCUGCAAGAGGCCAAACAGCAUGUCCGAGGAUGAGCGAGAGAGCGGCUGCGACACUGUGGACGGAUCGCCGGCCACCGACUCUUCCGGCCAGAACGAAAGCCCCUUCCUGGAGGAGCGAUUCCUUCAGGACGCUGCCAACCAGAACACGGGUGGUCUGAGCUCCAAGGCAACCGAUAGCACCAAGCCCGCUGUGCGCACCAUAGUGGUGCAAAACAGCAACUCAAUCUCCGUAACAGACUUCAGUGAGCGGGUUUCAAACACAGAUACAAUGAGGCGGUCGGUGACAAAGGGCUCGUCAGCUCCUGGGAGAAUAAACCAACUCUCAACGACAGGGAUUCGCCAGCAGAAGUCUGUAUCAGCAUUCCAGCAGCAACCCAUGAAUUUUGGUCAGGUCCAGCAGUACGGAUCGAUGCCUCAGGAAUGGAACGGCAAUUACGGACACCGCAGACAGCAUGCCUUCAUCGGGCCCACAAUCGGCAGCCACCCCUUCUCCCUCGCCCACGGGAGCCCCAACCACUCUGCCGCCCACGGACACCUGACGGGAACCGCCCACCUUGGGGGGCAGCCUACCAUCUUAUCCUACCCCCCAUCGGGGCCGCUGGGCACCACCGGGCCCGUGGCCCACCUCCUGGCCUCCCCCAGCACGUCAAGACCCAUGAUGCAGCCCGCGGCGUACAGUAUCUCUCACCACAGUGGCCUGCUCCACCAAGUCCCUCUUGGCCUCAUAUCCCGGCGGCUGCCUUCCCCAGCCAUCCACCAAAACCACUACAAGCCACUGUUCCACCCUCACUCCUAUGUCGCAGCUUCUCCCGUGUAUGCCGGAUUUCCGCUAAGCCCAACAAAACUCAGCCAGUACCCUUAUAUUUGAAGAUUACAGAACAAAGCAAAAAGAAAACCAAUUUCUGGUCCAGUCAUGUAAAGCUUCUGGAAUUGAAGGAACACGUUACCAAUUAAAGAAAAAAUUCCAAGUCGUGGCACAAGAAAGUCAAUUUCUUUGCGUUUUUGUUAAUCAUGGUAAAAAAAAAGGUGCAUAAACAAGAAAGCCAAGCUUCGAAUCAGACCCACUUUUAAAUGUGUCUCUUUGCACAGUCGACGACAGAACUCUGAUGGCUGUCACCCGGGCUCCAAGGAUUUCCACGGCAGCCGCAACUGGCGCGGAGCACAGGGGUGAAAGAGAGAGAGGGAGAGAGGCAGCUCUCUUCAGUUUGCAUUGCCUUGUACCCAAUGCAAGACACGUGUCGCCCACCCACGCACACUUGUGAAGCCAUGCUUUCUCCCGUCAGCACAGCGGGCGCACAUUAUGCCUGCCAUGUGGUGUACACGCUAAUAUAUUUGUGGUUGUCUCUCCCCACCAUUCCCCUCUCCCGACUGUGUCUUUGAUGUUUAUUCAGUGUUGAGUCAUUAAUCUAAAGAGGUGGGGGAUGACUCUCUGCACACCUGCAUGUGUUUGGCAUGGGCAAGCAUUGCCUGAAGUUGGGGAUUUUGCUCUUCAGUAUCAUCAUUAACGAUGGUUUCCACACACGUAGUGCCUUAAAUAUUUUGAGGUUGUUAAUGUUACUACUAUGUUAUGGACUGUAGCACUUAAAAAUCUUAUCUAAUCCAGUGAUUAGAAUAAAAAUAAACAGGGAAGGGGGAGGGGAGAUAUUAUCGCAUUAGAUUCUUGGGUUUGGCGUGUAGUAUGCUUAAUCUAAUCUUUUGAGGAGUAGAAGUUGUUUCAUUUUGUACCUCACAUGCUGUGGGCCAACUCUAUUUUUCUCCUUUCCGAAUGAUUUAAAAAUAAUUUCAAGCAUAGAGCUAAAGCGUAAGAAAUUGGCUGAGGCAAUUUGAUCACUGGUUUUGACUUAAGGUUAAACUCAUAUAUUAAGCAGUGUUUAUACUGUCAGAGAAAUAAUAAUCUGCAAUACAAUCCAAAUAGUGUGUUUGUGUGUGUGUGUGUGUGAGUGUGAGAGAGUGAGUGACUUUUUUAAAUAAAAAAAGUUUGCAGUUAAUGGAAUUUAGUGAAAUGACAACAUUUCUAGUGGCAUGGCUUUGAAUAGAAAACUGAAAAAAGAUGCAAUUCAUUAUACUCAGUGACUCAUGAUGUGGUUUCACCUUAGCUUGAGCUGUCCAUGCAGUAUUUGAUAUAUGUAGUAAUAUAAUAAUUAGUACUGAGGCUUGAUGAGGUGCAAGUUUAUAGUGUGCAAUGUUAUCAUUUAUGCAUGUGGCAAAUUUACCCUCUUCCUUUAUCUCACUCUGGGGGUCGUGGGCGGAUUGGUGAGUUUGCUUUUCUUUUGAAAGCUUGUUCUGUGUCCACUCGCUUAUUUUUAUACAUUCCGUCAGGGAAGAAAAAUAAAAUGACACACUCUGCGUGUUCUGCGGUUGAGGUGUGGCAAGGGGGGAGCGGAGGCUUCUCUCGAGAGAUGAAGUUGCUUUGCGCAGCACCAAAGACUUUUGUCCUGUCAUCCCCAUUUCCUUAGCAAGGUUUGCUACACUGCAUAGACCUCAACAUAAAAAAAAACACUCAAAACUAAAAGUGUGUGGCAAAAGGAAAGUGAAUUUACAAAACUUAAAAAAAAACUUUUUUACGAUAAAACAUGAUUUCAAAAAAAAAGUUUGAGGCUAUGUUUUAGCUCUUGAGGCAAGUUAUAAAUUGUAUCAUUUAUCUUGAAUGUAUCAUAAAUAAGCUGCUAUUAUAAUGAUUGCCACUUCAGAUAGCUGUGAACUAGGUGAAUAUUAAUUUUCUUAGCUUUCUCAUUUCUGUAAGUCUAAUUACAUUAAGUAGAAAUGGGUUUUGAUUAAUUUGGCGUUAAUGUUUGGAGUGUCUUUGUAACUACUGUAUUGUAAAUGAUGAAACUUAAUUGCUUUUUCGUUUUCAUUUUGGGUGUGUGUUUUGGCAUCAGUAUUUUAACCUCUGUAAGUUUGAGCUCAUCACUGCAUAUAAAUGGAUGUAUUGAUGUAACUUGAUUUUAUGUUUUCAUAUUGGCAUUGUGUUAGUGAAUCUGAAUUACUGUAGCUUGCAGAAUUGACUUAACUUUUUAAAUGAAUUGUUUUGUGCUAAUAGUUCACCAUUGCAAUCUACAGAACCCUUUAAUGAUUAAUUGGAGAUCACACAUCCGAUCUCUGCAAACUAUAUUGACCUUAUUAGGUGUUUAAAAGAAAAGUCCUGAAACAUAACUAAAGACAGCACCAGUUUGAGUUUAAUAAGCUAAUUUUGGGAAUGACUAUUCUUGGGGUUGCUGGGGCUGUUGUUGGUUUUAUCUUUGAAUACGCAAAGCAGUGUUUUAUUUAAUAUCAGCCUUUAGUCAUAGCCAAGGAGAAUAAUGUGCCUAAAUGCAAAAGGCUUUUAAACCGCAGAGCAGUUGUACAGUUAAGUCACAUUUAUAUAGUACCUCUUGUGAAAUUUGGUGCUUUCUAGCAUAGUUCUAUUUUUAUCAACAGACACCAUACGUUUGUACAAAAAAACUUAUAAAAGAACUCUAAAUACAGACGGGAUAUAUGAAAGGAACCAGCUAGCACUGAUUGGAAAGGCCUUAGCUCUGUCGAAUGACACAACCAUAAAGCCUGAAUACUUCAGCAAAAUGUCGCAUUGAAAUAUUUUCAUGAGCUCUACACACUGGUGGAUGCCUUAAAGUCAUUCUUAAAUAAGACACUGUGAGAUGCAGGGAUCAAGUGAAGUAGGGAGGGGCAGGCAAACCACGUUUUAAAUCCAGAAUUUUAUUUUACAUGCAGGUUGCUUUUUUAAAUCAUUUUUAGCCUAGCUUACUAAUCAAAUUCAGGGUCCUUAAGGGAUUGAACAUGCUUUUGUUUCUUCAAAGUAUGUCUCAGCUGUUUUAGUUGUAAUCGCUUUGAGUUGUUGGGGGUUAUCAGUGGGAGGGAGGGGAGCUUGCAAUAGGGAGCAAGUAACUAAGGCUUUAGACUUUUUCUUUACUUUUUACUCGUCCCUCACUCUCUGGUUUACCCGCUUUCUGCCUAGUGCUCACCAGAUCAUAGUUUGGUAAGAGUUAAAUCAACACUGCAAGUUAUAGAAACUUGUUCAGCUUACCCAAAAAAACUUACACUUGAUUCAUAAGUUGGAACUGUUACUGUUAAAAGAAAUUUGUAGAUUUUUCGUGGCUGUUUGCUUUUGAUUUUAAUGCUACACUAAUUUGCCACGUAGCAAUUGCACUGUGCAAUAUUUACAAUAUGAGGACUGGGAAAUUUUUAUGGAUGUAUGUCUCUUACAGUUUGCGAUAGUAUUUCUCGCUAGUUCUCAGUGAUUUAAAUGUGACCAAGCCUCAAUACUUUGUCACAUAAAGCGGGUUUUCCAGGUGACUCUUUUGGUGAGUGUCAAAAAUAAGAGUUUAUGGUGUAUUAUUGUCGAGAUUCACUUUGAAUUAAAAUAUAUAUUGCUGCAGAAAA